AUCUGCCAGAAUCAGGAGAGUGGGAUCCGCCGCGCUUGCCUAUCACGUCUUGAACCUUGAACAUCUUCCUGGGCCCACACCGCUCAACCGCCGAAACACCUCGACCACAACCCCCGCCGGCUGUGGACUGCACUCCCACAGCGCCUGCGAUAUCCCUUGCUACUGCCAAACGACCCAAUGCUUGCCCAUUGCUAAGAACCACGGAGAAACCCAGCCGCUCGCUACAACACACAAUUGCAGGUACCACGCCAACUUCUUGGACCACGUACGCAGUGCUGGCGCGAGACGAGCACCCAAUUGCACUUUACAGCGCCGACGUCGCCCUAUUUCAGUAGCCUCGAGAAGUUUCGCCCUUCCUUUGAGCAUAUCAAUCGCAAUUGAAGCGCACACUUACCGCUCUUGCAUCCUUGGCUUUCGGACCUGUAGCCCGGCAUGGCAACCAAGACAACGCUGCAGAACGGCAGCGUCACCGCCAAUGAUGCGCACAAAGCACAGCUGCACGACCAGAAAGUAGCGGUUGCCCCGAAACGACGGAAGGCCUCCCCCAAGAAAGUCGAAGAUGAGGGGCUGAUGGCAACGCUGUGCAUGUUGAUCUGCGAUCACCAGAUUGGCAUCUCAGUGAACCUCCUUUCGCUCCUCUUCCUGACGCACAUCUUCUUCCCUCGCGCGCGAGAUCGAACCACCAAGUUCUUCCACAUGUCCUACUACAACCCCGAGACCAACAUGUACGGGUGUGGCACUGAUGAUCUGCCCUACGUGAUAUUUUGGACUGUGGCUUUCACAGGUCUCCGAGUCGCGGUCAUGGACUACAUGCUGGACCCACUGGCCAGGUUAGGAGGUAUCAGGACGAAGAAAGGCCUUGACAGGUUCAAGGAGCAAGCGUGGCUGAUUGUCUACUACACCAUAUCGUGGUCGCUGGGCAUGUACAUCAUGUACCACUCCGACUUCUGGCUGAACCUCCACGGCAUCUGGGAAGGCUGGCCCUUCCGCGAGGUCGACGGUCUCUUCAAGUGGUACUACCUUGUGCAGUGGGGCUUCUGGAUCCAGCAGAUCCUUGUUGUCAACAUUGAGGAGAAACGCAAGGACUACACGCAGAUGCUCACGCACCACGUCUUCACGACCGCGCUCAUGUUUCUCUCCUAUGGCUACUACCACAUGCGCGUCGGCACUGUCAUCCUGUGCAUCAUGGACUUCGUCGACAUCAUCCUCCCUACCGCCAAACUCCUCAAGUACAUGGGCUACACCACCGCCUGCGACAUUGCUUUCGGCGCCUUCGUCAUCUCCUGGGUCAUCACCCGCCAUGUCUUCUACAUGAUGGUCUGCUGGUCCAUUUAUGCCUUCGCCCCCGUCGACAUGGCUCCCGGUUGCUACUACUCCAAGGAUGCCAACAACGCCUUUGUUCCCAUGUCCAACACCACCGAGUUCGACCGCCUCGGCGGCAACGCGCCCUGGAGCAAUCUUCUAAAAGCAUACACCGACCAGAACGGCCCCAUUUGCUGGAACCCAAACCUACGCUAUUAUUUCCUCGCGCUCCUCCUCGCACUGCAAGUCUUCUGCCUCAUCUGGUUCGGCACAAUCGCGAAGGUCGUGUAUAAGGUACUCAAGGGUAACACUGCGGAAGAUCUCCGCUCUGACGACGAGGGCGACGACGAGGAGAUCGAGGACGAGAAGACAAACACGAUCUUGAACAUGGCAACGACAUGCACAGAGAGUGGAAUGAGCCACCUGCUGGAGGAAGAGGUCGGUGUCGACGCGCUCACAUUCGCACGGAUGAACGGUGCGAGCCAGCGUCGUCAGGCGAGACGUGAGAACUCAAGGGCAAGCGGAAUCAGCAUACCCGGUCAUGGCGACCACAAGGAGUUGCUCGGGCGCAUUGGGUGCGAUAAGCCCUCAUAGGGCUAGGGCUGCUGCUGCUAUAGUGUUUUGUGAUAUCGGGUAUCAUUCUUCAACGACCCAAAAGUUUGUGGGCAUCGCGGCGUUCUUGGAGGUCCUCGCAAGAGGAGGAAUACUUCUCUGUCUAUUUGUACAACUGGAUUGGGACGAAGGAUAUGCAUACCCUAGAAGCAUAGAUUGCUCUUCAUCUCAUCU